AAGUCAAACUCUUUCAAAGUUUGACCAAGUUUAUACAAUGGGGACCCACAUGAUACAACAACAAUAUCAUCGCCCUGUCAAUAGGGACCCACAUGACAAUCUCACUGUACACCGUACUGACGUCUCCAUCGCGGCGUCGUCAACCUCUCGCCCUUCCUCCACGUGAGCCACACUUGCUCAGUUCACUCUACUCCACUGAGAAGUUGAGAUAUCCAGCUCGCGCUAGCCACCACCGCAUCUUCGGCGCGUCCGUCCGACCGUGCGUGCCGGCCAUGCUGCCGUCCUUCUCGCCGGCGGUCACCGCGGCGGCGAUGGCGCCGCCGCCGCCGAAGCCGAUCCCGGGCGGCUACGGCGCGCCCGUGUUGGGCCCGCUCCGGGACCGCCUGGACUACUUCUGGUUCCAGGGCCCCGAGGAGUUCUUCCGGCGGCGCGCGGCGCAGCACCGGAGCACGGUGUUCCGCGCCAACAUCCCGCCGACGUUCCCCUUCUUCGUGGGCAUCAACCCUCGCGUGAUCGCCAUCGUGGACACGGCCGCCUUCACGGCGCUGUUCGACCCGGAGCUGGUCGACAAGCGCGACUGCCUCAUCGGGCCGUACAACCCCAGCGACUCCUUCACGGGCGGCACCCGCGUGGGCGUGUACCUGGACACGGAGGAGCCGGAGCACGAGCGCACCAAGGCGUUCGCCAUGGACCUCCUCCGCCGCAGCUCCCGCGUGUGGGCGCCCGAGUUCCUCGAGGGCGUGGACGGCAUGCUCGCGGACAUCGAGUCCGACCUCGCCGCCGGCAAGGAGGGCGGCGCCAGCUUCCUGGUCCCGCUGCAGAGGUGCAUCUUCCGGUUCCUCUGCAGGUCCGUGGCCAGCGCCGACCCGGCCGCCGAGGGCCUGGUGGACCGGUACGGGCUCUUCAUCCUCGACGUCUGGCUGGGGCUGCAGCUGCUGCCGACGCAGAAGGUCGGCGCCAUCCCGCAGCCGCUGGAGGAGCUGCUCCUUCACUCCUUCCCGUUCCCCUCCAUCCUCGCCAAGCCAGGGUACGACCUGCUAUACCGCUUCGUAGCAAAGCACGGCGCCGAGUCCGUCGCCGUCGGCGUGAACGACCACGGCAUGUCGGAGAAGGACGCCAUCAACAACAUCCUCUUCCUGCUGGGCUUCAACGCAUUCGGGGGCUUCUCCGUCUUCCUCCCGUUCCUCAUCCUCCAGAUCGGCAAGGACGCGGCGCUCCGCGCGCGGCUCCGCGACGAGGUCCGCGCCGCGCUAGACCAGCACGACGGCGAGGUCGGGUUCGCGUCGGUGAAGGGGAUGCCGCUGGUGCGGUCGACGGUGUACGAGGUGCUGCGGAUGAACCCGCCAGUGCCGCUGCAGUUCGGGCGCGCGCGGCGGGACUUCGUGCUGCGGUCGCACGGCGGCGAGGGGUUCUCGGUGGCCGGCGGGGAGAUGCUGUGCGGGUACCAGCCGCUGGCGAUGAGGGACCCGGAGGUGUUCGAGCGGCCGGAGGAGUUCGUGGCGGACAGGUUCGUCGGGGCGGGCGGGGAGGCGCUGCUGCGGUACGUGUACUGGUCCAACGGGCCGGAGACCGGGGAGCCGGCGCUGGGGAACAAGCAGUGCGCCGCCAAGGACGUGGUCAUCGCCACCGCGUGCAUGCUCGUCGCCGAGCUCUUCCGCCGCUACGACGACUUCGAGUGCACCGGCACCGCCUUCACCAGCCUCAAGAAGCGGCCGCAGCCGCAGCCCAGCAGCUGAAAGUGGAGUACGUGUAGGAAAUCAAUCGAUUAAUUAGUUUUUAAGAACAAAAAUAAAGUUGUCUGGCUCGACUGUUGCUUUGUACUACUACUGGUAAGAAUUUCGUGAUGGUAAGUGAAUAAAAUCGCAGAGGAUCGGUAAAUAUCUUGCGAUGUGACGGAGAAGUACACGCUUUGUAAUUUCAGAUUGUCAUCUUGUUGAUGCAUCUUGUAACGUGGUGCAGUAGAGUAUAGUGGAUUU